AGGGCACAGAAAGAAGGUAGCCCUCUAUAAACCAGAAAGGAGGUGCUCACUAGGAACCUGACCAUUCCGUCUCCUGAUCUUGGAUCUCCAGCUUCCAGAACUGUGAGAAAUAAAUAUUUGUGAGAUGAGAAAAACAAAAUGCAGCUUUCAAGCCUUUUAGAAGAGAUCUAAGUUGUUCUUCAGCUAUGAAGUGGAAUCUGUGAAGAAUUAAGGUUUCGUUUAAAUGAGUAGAAACGGCUCACUCACUGAGGGUCAUUUUUCUGGCCAUCCCAUUUCCUAAAGGAGAAAAAAAAAAGGUUCACUUCAAGCAGUUGGCUUGUGGGACUCUGAGAGAUGCUGCCGCCCAUGACAUGUUGGAAUUAUCAUGAUCAACUACCCAGUUUGGAUUUCAGCCAGUGGCCAGGAGCUUUGCAUGGUAGACAGCAAGGGUUGGAUUUUUAAAAAGAGUAAACCAGCAGAGGAGGAAAUUCCUGUGUUUCCAGAACACCCAGAACUUUCAUCACAUUGGAGUAGGAUUGUCUGUUUAUUUCCAGUCACUAGAAGGCCCGUGACCGAGGUGUAGACUAAGAAGUGGAGUCAUGCUUCACACCGCCAUAUCAUGUUGGCAGCCAUUCCUGGGUCUGGCUGUGGUGUUACUCUUCAUGGGAUCCACCAUCGGCUGCCCUGCUCGCUGUGAGUGCUCCGCCCAGAACAAAUCUGUUAGCUGCCACAGAAGGCGGCUGAUCGCCAUCCCAGAGGGCAUUCCCAUCGAGACCAAAAUCUUGGACCUUAGCAAGAACAGGCUGAAAAGUGUCAACCCUGAGGAAUUCAUAUCAUAUCCUCUGCUGGAGGAGAUAGACUUGAGUGACAAUAUCAUCGCCAAUGUGGAGCCAGGAGCAUUUAACAAUCUCUUUAACCUUCGUUCCCUCCGCCUAAAAGGCAAUCGCCUGAAGCUGGUCCCUUUGGGAGUAUUCACGGGGCUAUCCAACCUCACCAAGCUGGACAUUAGUGAGAAUAAGAUUGUCAUUUUACUGGACUACAUGUUCCAAGACCUUCAUAACCUGAAGUUUCUAGAAGUGGGGGACAAUGAUUUGGUUUACAUAUCACACAGGGCCUUCAGUGGGCUGCUGAGCUUGGAGCAGCUCACCCUGGAGAAAUGCAACCUAACAGCAGUACCAACAGAAGCCCUCUCCCACCUCCGCAGCCUCAUCAGCCUGCAUCUGAAGCAUCUCAAUAUCAACAAUAUGCCCGUGUAUGCCUUUAAAAGAUUGUUCCACCUGAAACAUCUAGAGAUUGACUAUUGGCCUUUACUGGAUAUGAUGCCUGCCAAUAGCCUCUAUGGUCUUAACCUCACAUCCCUCUCCAUCACCAAUACCAACCUGUCCACUGUUCCCUUCCUUGCCUUUAAACACCUGGUAUAUCUGACCCAUCUUAACCUCUCCUACAAUCCCAUCAGCACUAUCGAAGCAGGCAUGUUUUCUGACCUGAUCCGCCUUCAGGAGCUCCAUAUCGUGGGGGCCCAGCUCCGCACCAUUGAGCCUCACUCCUUCCAAGGGCUCCGCUUCCUUCGUGUGCUCAACGUGUCUCAGAACCUACUGGAAACUUUGGAAGAGAAUGUCUUCUCCUCCCCUAGGGCUUUGGAGGUCCUGAGCAUCAAUAACAACCCGCUGGCCUGUGACUGCCGUCUCCUCUGGAUCCUGCAGCGGCAUCCCACUCUGCAAUUUGGCGGCCAGCAGCCCAUGUGUGCUGGUCCAGACACCAUCCGUGAGAGAUCCUUCAAGGAUUUCCACAGCACUGCCCUUUCUUUUUACUUUACCUGCAAAAAACCCAAAAUCCGUGAAAAGAAGUUGCAGCAUCUGCUAGUGGAUGAAGGGCAGACGGUCCAGCUAGAAUGCAAUGCUGAUGGAGACCCUCAGCCUGUGAUUUCCUGGGUGACCCCUCGAAGGCGUUUUAUCACCACCAAGUCCAAUGGAAGAGCCACCGUGUUGGGCGACGGCACCUUGGAAAUCCGUUUUGCCCAGGAUCAAGACAGUGGGAUGUAUGUUUGCAUCGCUAGCAACGCCGCUGGGAACGACACCUUCACAGCCUCUUUAACGGUGAAAGGAUUCACUUCAGAUCGCUUCCUUUAUGCCAACAGGACCCCUAUGUACAUGACUGACUCCAAUGACACCAUUUCCAAUGGCACCAAUGUCAAUACCUUUUCCCUGGACCUUAAAACAAUACUGGUAUCUACAGCCAUGGGCUGUUUCACAUUCCUGGGAGUGGUUUUAUUUUGUUUUCUCCUCCUUUUUGUGUGGAGCCGAGGGAAAGGCAAGCACAAAAACAGCAUUGACCUUGAGUAUGUACCCCGAAAAAACAAUGGUGCUGUUGUGGAAGGGGAGGUGGCUGGACCCAGGAGGUUCAACAUGAAAAUGAUUUGAGGGUCUACCAUUCACACUAUUGUUUCUGUGUCAUUGUGGGUAACCAGUGAGACAGCUGGCACAGUGAAUUACCAGGUUAAAAGGCAGCCAAGUACAGCUGCCCCUGUGUCAAAGCAGGGUCCAUGGAACCAGGAGGACUUCUUAUGGAGACUCUCCACCUACAGGCAGGCAGACAUGUGUCAGAGCCCUUCACAGUGGGAUACUAAUUGUUUGCAUUGCAAAUAUUGGCAUUCUGGGGAUCUCAGUAAUGAACCUGAACCUCUGGCUCAUGCUCAUGGACAAUUACUCAACAUUUUCUACCACUGCAAAAACAAAAGAAAAAAAAAAUAAAAAGGAACAACCUACAAUGUAGGAUUUACAUAUUAAAAAGACACAUUUGUCUAAAACAUACUCUACAGAAAAAUUUGUAUCUCUGAUUAUCAUUUGCUAAAGCCUUGCAUCAUACCAUAUUGUUGAUUCAGCACCACAAAGAAAUCAAUAUAUUCUUUACUCUUUUUUUUUGAAACAUAUAUGCUGUAUAUGUUUUAAAGCAAUAUGAAUGAGAGGUUGUGCUUUUAGUUACUCACCAUUAUAGAUCCAAGUGUGAUUUCACCUUCCUUUACAUAGAGAUGACCCUGAGACUAGAUCCCUGGAGUUAUGGGCGGAGAUAUGUGGAAUGAGGAGUUUGUCUGAUGUAGGAUGCCAAGAAAUAGGACCCAAGGAAAAACUGCUCAACUCUGUUAACUUCUGUUACUAUAAAUAAAGGCAUGUGCCUAGUUUUGAUACAGAAUGGAAUAUUUUUUAUACUUGUGAUAUCACACUGGACCAGUUUACUGUAACAAAGCCCUUGGUUUCUCCAGAAGGUUAUGUGCCACUAGUUGUACCUGUAAAAUGCAAGGUAGGUGUUAAUAAUGAAGAUGAUCCAUUUAAACACAACUUGAUUUUACUUUCAUCAGUUGAGACUAAUGGGUUAAUAGGAAAUCGAAGCGCAUAUAGUCGUUGUAUAUACUCAUACGGUGAUAAUUUACCUUGUAGCUGAGAUCAACAAUUCGAUGUUCAAAAGCUCUCUGGAUGAAAAGGAGUUUUUCUCAGAUGCCAACACAAACCAGGGUGAUCCAGGCAUACCAUGAUGUUAAUGCAACUGAGGAUCUGUUACAAUGAUAGCUGUCUGAAGGCUGGAUUGCUGCCAGGAAAUAUCUAGCUACCAUUCUGAUGUUUUCUAUUCAACUAUUUACUGUACAUACAGUAUUAUCUUGAAUGGGUAACUUCAGGGUUUUUUCCCUGCUUCCUUUAUUUUGAAAAUUAUCUUGUGUACACAAGAAGUAUUGAUCUUGUUUAUAGAGAGGUGAGGAAAAAAAGGUGAAUUAAACAGCACUUAGUUUUUUCUCAGUGAGGAAAAACUAAGAUCACUAGCCCUACAAAUAUGUUAAAUGGUGCAGAUACUUUUACCCCUCUAACCCAAGAAUCUCUGUCCAAUUCAGUUUGUAUUAAUGAUUGUUACUUAAAACAUAGUUUUAAAAAAAAAAUGGCAUCCUGCCACUACCACCAAUGAUCUGGUUCAAAUGAGCCAUAAUUCCAUUUGGCUAAAUGUUCAGUGAAUGAUUUUCAAGGCAUAUAUUCAUAUGACCUGAGAAAGCACUGAAUAUAGAGUGUAUUCAUGAAAUAUCUAUUUAAUCAGCAAAAGAUAGGAAAUGUCUAUACUUUUUACAUUUUGAGAGGGACCUGAAAAUGAGCCCCCUUUUGGACAGUGAAUAGGAGCUGUCUGAGGUUUGGUUCUUGACAUAACUGAUUGGGGGUAUGACGUUCAAAAAGCUGGCUUUUUUUUUUUUUUUAGCAUUUGAAAUUUUGAGGAGCUUCAAUAAAAUUAAAUUGACCCCAAUAAAAAAGUGACAGGUCUAGAAAUUGUUUUGCCAGUUGGAUAGUAGCACAGUAAAACCCCUU